AUGCCGUUCAACGGACAUGGGCCUGGUUGCGCAUGCUGCAAAGGUCCCGCGGCAUGGUCGGCUCUCUUGCCGAGUCUAAAUCCACUAGCUCCAGCUACGUCAGUCGACUCCCUCGUUGUUACCGCCACCAACCAGCCUCAGGUUGUCAAAACAAGCUUUGUGCGUGAUUGGUUUCGGAUACCAAACUGGGCUUUGCCUACACGUGCUCUCCCUGAGGUCUCCGAUGACGAUGAUUCACUCAUUGCUCUGGACGCUAUUCUGGCUGGCAGAACCAAGAGUCCGAUCCGUGUCGAUGACUUGAAGGCGUUCCUGCGUAACGACGAACGCACCAAUGUGAUUUCAAGUAGGGGAUUAGAGUUUCUCUUGACAUACAACAGGUAUCGUGCCGCGUUCUUUGCGUUACCCCAGGAAAAGCAGGCACCUCAUCCGGAUACCGCCCUUCAAGGCCUGUCACUCGCAAAUCGGGCAAUCGAAAUUCAGUCCCAAUUCAGGACACCUAGACCUACUCGUUCUCCAAUAGCACCUCACACCAGUCUUAUUCAGGCUUAUCCUCAGCUCGAUGUUGAAUGCCAGCCUCUACGGCCAGAAUUACAAAAUAUUAUCGACUUGUACAUGCAACCACAUUCACUCAGCUCAAUUACUCCUCUGAUUUCGCAGUAUACGUUAAGCCAAGCUUUAUCAUCGGCGAAAUUAACCACCCACCCAUCCGCCCUGGACCCGGUUGCAUCGAGGAUUCAUUCGCACUUGACUGUUGAUGUGCUCCCUCGAUUCCUGGACGAUGCCGUUGUCAACCUGUCAGCUAGCACGUCUCGAGGCCGGAUGCUGAUCGCAUGUAUCUCAUUAGCGGCAGCAAUUGUGCUCGAGGUGUUUUUGAUCUUGUACCGUACCGGCCGAGCAGCAAGAUUACUCGCAUUGCCCCUUUGGAUACUCGCUAUUGGGUACGCAAUCGGCUCGCAUACAGGUUUAUGCUUUUGGCUUGCAUGGAGGGGUACUCGUGAACACAAGUCACACGAACUGGUCGAGCCAAUGCUAUCUGCCUCACCCAACAACAGGGCUUUCGGAACAUCCUCCACUGCACUGGUAUCUGAGCCACAACGCCCGGCUCCUCUACUAUUCCGCUUCGACUUUCUCAAACGGGCUCGCAAGACCAACUCUAGCGACAAUUUGAGUCGGUCUGACAAUAUUGCAGAGAAAGGUCAACUGCCGUCCGAUAUCAAUUUGGGCGUCUCUGUAGAUAAGGGAAGGUGGCGGGAAGAGUCCCAACGGGAUACAUUCAAUAACUAUGUGCUAUCGAGCACUGAGUCAAGGAAUUCAUCCGCCCCUCUAGUAGACCGAAAGCAUGGAUUUGUCAAAAGGCUUAUGAGGCUUACCGGAACCGCCGUUGAUACGACUGCUGUAGAAGACUCGGGGGUGAGGAAAUUACAAGCUCGCGUUGGAGUGCGGGUAGCAAUCUGGCUCUUUCUCGGUACAUCCGUCGUCACUGGUGUCAUCAUGGCUAUACCAUAG